AUUGGAUUUAUUAGACUUUAAUUUGUAAGAUAUGGUAUUGUCUCAUAUAACUCAUUACGUGGUUUGUGUUCUCUCAACAAGUUAAAAUGUUCCACCACAAACCAAGCUUUUGUGUCUUAGCCAACUUGCAUGGAGCAUAUAUGUUUCUUCUCCCUAUGGUCCCCAACCAACAAGAUCUAAGUUUCAGAAUCUCAAGGAUCCAACUCAGUGGUGCAGAUUCAACUGGUCCCACUUCCUUAUUUUAAUUUUUCUCCCUAAAUAGAGACACAACAAAAAUCUAAGUUUGUGCCAUACACAUGUUGCCGACCUGCGCAUAUGAUCAAGUCCUAAUUUUAGCUCAUUGGUGAUUCCGAAAUAUUAUCUAUUAUUAUUGUUAUUAUUUUUUAUAUACAAUCAUUUAACUUUUUUUAAAAAUAAAUAAAUAAAUGUAGGGUGUUUUGGUAACUGGGGUAGUUCAAGAAGCAGUUAUGGACUACGAGAAUUAAGCAAAAUAAUUUGCCUGAUAUCUGUGAUUAGUUAACAGCUGUUAUGUGAUUUUCAAAAAAUGGGUAUAAAGAAGGCCAAAUAUAGAUGAGUCAGUGAAUGAGUCACAUAAAUGAGAGUGUGUCAGUGCUUAGUGUGCGAGUGUUGGUCACUGGAUUUAAGUGCUCAGGGAGAGAGUAUAAUCCAUUGGGUGGUUUUUUGCCUCUAUUUGGAUUCUGGACUUCUUCAAAAGCAUGCCCUAAGUUGAUAUGGCUCCCUGAGUGUGAUGUGAAGCUCUGGAAUUUGUAGGAGAGAGAGAAAAAAAAGGUUUUGAAAAGAUCCGAGCUUUGAAGCACUUGCAGAUUGUUAAUCUCCUUCUGUUGUUUGAUGGGUUGUUUUGACUUCUUGCAGUGACGAAAAGCUAUGGAUAUUUCGGAGUACACAAGGAUUGUUUUUGACAAACUUCAUAGAUUUGAGCCUGAGAAUGCUACAAAGAUCAUCGGGUAUCUCCUUCUCCAAGACCAUGGUGAGCAAGACAUGGUGAAAUUGGCUUCACUGCCAGACCAUUUAAUUCGCGACGUGGCGUACAAGGCAAGAACCGAGCUUCAAAGGUUGGCUUCUAGAUCAGCCAUUCAGCCAAUUUCACUUCCCACCAACUCUCAACAAUGUUUAAGCCAUUUGUCAGUAAUCUCCCCUACUUCGGUAAUCACCCCUGGCACUCUUACUUCACCAGCAAGCUUCCAGGUUCAAUCUCCCUAUUGGGAUCCUCAGUCUGCUAGCAAUACUAAUGCAGAAUUCAUGGCACUAGGUUAUGUGGAUUCUAUCUCAGAACUUCAAAAGCAGACACCUUUGUUCAGUUUAGAGAAUCAUAUGGAUACUAUGAACUCCGGAACUGCUGGGAUUGCUAAUGAUUACUAUGGCUUAGAUGCUUCAUCAGCUAGUAAUUUGGGUGGAAAAAAUGGAAGGUUUGAAUUUCCAGUCAAGACCUGUCACUAUUUCAACAAAGGGUUUUGUAAGCAUGGAAAUAGCUGUAGAUAUUAUCACGAACAAGGCGCCCCAGAUAUGUUCUCUCACAUGUAUGGAAAUGAUAUUUUUAAUGAUGAUCAGGUGAUUUCACCUGGGUCACUAGCACAAUUAGAGUCAGAAAUUGUUGAACUCCUGAAACUUAAAAAAGGAGGUUCCAUAUCAAUUGCUUCCCUUCCAAUGGCAUACUAUGACAGGUACAAAAAAGUGCUGCAGGCAGACGGCUACCUGACUGAGAGCCAGAGACAUGGUAAGUCUGGCUACAGUUUGACAAAGCUUCUUGCACGGUUGAAAAAUAGUAUUCGGCUAAUUGACAGCAGGCCUCAUGGGCAGCAUUCAGUUGUUCUGGCAGAAGAUGCUCCAAAGUUCAAUGGAAAGGUAGAUUAUGGUAAAUACAUUAGCGCAUCGCGACAGAUAUACCUGACAUUUCCAGCUGACAGCACUUUUAGCGAGGGUGAUGUUUCAAACUACUUUAGUACUUUUGGGAAAGUUGAAGAUGUAAGGAUUCCGAGCCAAGAGAGAAGGAUGUUUGGAUUUGUAACAUUUGAUGAUCCUGAAACUGUUAAAGUAAUUUUGGAUAAGGGAAAUCCCCAUUAUGUUUGUGAAUCCCGGGUUCUUGUGAAACCUUAUAAGGAGAAGCCAAAACUUAUGCUCAGGAAGAACUCUGAUAGGAUCGAGCAUUCUGCUUAUUAUUCACCACACUAUGUAGACAUUGACACUGAACCUACCUCAAUUCCAAGAAGUUGUAGGAAACCUCGAUUUCUGAGGAGGCAGCUCAUUAACCAGCAAGAGGAGGCAGCACUUGAAUUUCAGAGACAACGUUUUGCAGAGCUGCAACUGGCCCAAAAAUCAUUGUCCACUUCACCCCAUUUAGGCUUCAACAUGGACGGGUUAAAAGUUUCGGAUGUCUCUUGCAUCUUUCAUGCAGAACAUUUCAAUGUCCAGUCUGCAGAACCUCACAGUCAUGCUCCGAAUGACAUAGCUGGAUAUACAGAUAACAAUUACACUGAUGAGGACAGCAAUCAAGGUCUGAACCUCCCAGACAGCCCCUUUGCAUUUCCAGUAGAUAGUGGAAUUUCAGCAGUAAUGUAGUUUGAGAAACACAUACAAGACUACAAGAGAAAUAUAGAGAUAAAUGUAGCUCCAGGCCAAAGGCAAUAUCUCUAGUUUCAUACAUAAUGCAGUCCUUUUGUUGAUCUCUUUUCUCAACUAGCUCACCAGUUUAGUCAAAUGGCAAGUACAUAAAAGCUGAAGACUACUCUUCACAACUGAAUUGGUGGAAUUAACAAUAACUUAGUGACACAUGUAAGAAGGUUAUAGUUUUUUUUUUAAUCAUAGAAAAAACACGAGGUUUGGUUUCUAGAAUAUGACAGUAUGAGUAACCAAUUACUCUCUAAGAAUAAGUAUAAUAAUUACAAUAAUAUUUUAUACAUUCCAAGUA